AUGUUGAGAGUGACUAAAUCACUCGGCGUCCUAGCCCGGCCGCAAUUUCAACCGGAUCUGGGUCCGGAAGAAGCCCCCGCCUCAGAAAUCUGCUACUCCCCUCCGCCAAAGCUGCCUCCCUCUGCCGCGGGUCAGCUGAUAUCAGAUGUCCGGAAGCCCAAGCCAAAGUCAACACCUGUUUCACGGUCUUCAACGCCGGCUCCUAAAACCAAAGUUCACAUAUCUGGUGCCACAAAUCCUACUCUAGGAACAGAUGACUCCGCUCGGAAAUGCAACUGCGUCGCUGCUAGGCAUCCCCUGCUGGCUGCCGCACCGAACUGUAUGAAUUGCGGGAAAGUCAUAUGUGUAAAAGAGGGCCUCGGGCCCUGUACAUUCUGCGGCACACCGCUUCUGAGCCCAGCCGAGAUACAGUUAAUGAUACGGGAACUGCGCGAUGAGCGGGGCCGAGAGAAAAUGGCUGCCAAUCGCGAAGCUAACAAGAAAGCUGACGUGUCGAGGACUCCCGCUCCUUUCUCAAAACCUAAGGAAAUUACUAGCGAGACUAGUGAAGCACAAGCGAAGGCUCUGGAGCAUCGAGAUCGUUUACUAGGAUUUCAGGCUCAGAAUGCACGGCGAACGACUGUCCGGGACGAGGCCGCCGACUUCGAUGUCAGCGGGGCAAUGACAGGAUUCGGUGGUAAUAUCUGGGCCACGCCUGAGGAGAGAGCUCGGGAGUUAAAACGCCAGCAGAAAGUUUUAAGAGAGAUAGAAUGGAAUGCUCGACCAGACUAUGAGAAACGACGGCAAGUUAUCAGCAUCGACGUGGUAGGUGGCAAGGUAGUCAGGAAGAUGGCAGCCGUUGAGCGACCAGGGAGCCCUGAAGACGACAUACAAACCGAUACGGCCCUACAGGAGGUCAAUAAUACUAACCGCGACAAUGCGAGCAGAGGAGGCGUAACCGGAGGAGCUUUCAGCAAGAAUCCAUUAUUAGGCUCGCUAAUCAAGCCAGUUUUUGACGCCAAGGGCAAGGGAGCUAAGUUAGAAGGUCGUGAUCCCAAGGCCACUCGAUGGAGGAGAGUACAAGAUGAUCUAGACGAUAACGAGGCCGUCAUUCUUGAUGGUGGAGCGUAUGGGGGGAGAUCCGGUCAAGAAACGGCUCGUGCCGAUGUAGAUGAACCUGCUUGCGGUUAA